GCAACAUAAAAGCACCCAGGUCUAACGGUCUUUACAUUUCAAAACUGACAUUCUACAUCUACACAUUGAGAUGAAAGUCAUACUCAUUAUCUGCGCAGCACUAUGUGCUUAGAUUUUUCAGUUGUUAGCAUCUAUGCUGAAGACUGUCCCACUGGCAACGUUCAACAGGAGUGUACGCACUUGACGUGUUCAGGAGACUAUACUUUAGUAUGUGUGAACGAUGUUUGCACUUGCAACCCUACCCAGAAUAAUAACUGUACCACCCUAGCUGACUGUACGGGUAACGCAAACCUACCGAACUGCCCUCCAGGAUGGCAUUGUGUUGACAAUGCAUGUCGAUGUGGUGGAAACUGGGGAAAAUAAAGUUACUGGAGAACUGUUACUGCUUUCAAAAGAAAAACAUUGAAACUAUUACAGUAAAACUAUUGUAAGAAUUAUAUUUUCUGCUCAGUAUAUUACAAUCCACUUUA